CUACCCAUGCUGUACGUCCUAUCCUAUCACUUGCUGGGUGGGGAGGCAAGAAGGACGACAAAACAACUGACGGCUCCCCUGUGUUUCGCCUUGCGUUGCCUCGCCUGAUGCCUCCUGCUCAAGUGCUUAUGGACGGACGGGAACCCGACCAGAGCCGCCGGCCGGCCGAGCCCGGCGUAUAAGGUUCUAGAGAGGCCGCGCGCACCACAAAUCCUCUAACGGACGCGCGCAUUUAUUCCGUGUAAGCUCCCCACCACCGUUCUCCUCGCUGUCCAGACAAAGGACUCGGAAAAGCACCGGCCGAUCGCCGCUGCCCCCAGCCACAGCGAGCCAUCGGAACCACCACCCCACGCCCUUCACACGGCCCGCAACGACGCGCGCGGUUCUGUCUCACCAGCCAUGAUGCACCGGCCGCGGCGCGACCAACCAUGCCGCGGCUCCCGCGCCGUCCUCGCCGCCGUCGUCGCGGGGCUGGUGUGCGCGGCGGGCGUCGCCGAGGCCGGCACCGGCACGUUCAUCUACGCCGGGUGCUCGCCGUCCAAGUACCACCCGGGCACCCCGUUCGAGGCCAGCCUGGAGUCGCUCCUCACCUCCUUCGCCAACGCGGCGCCCAACGCCGGGUACGGCACCUUCACCUCGGGCGCCAACGCCACGGGCGGCGCCGGCGCCGCGGUGUACGGGCUCUACCAGUGCCGCGGCGACCUGGACGGCGGCGACUGCGCGGCGUGCGUGCGGGACGCCGUCGGGCAGCUGGGCCAGGUCUGCCCCGCGGCGUACGCGGCGUCGCUGCAGCUGGAAGGGUGCUACGUGCGGUACGACGGCAGCAACUUCGUCGGCGCGCCCGACACCGCCAUGGUGUACCGCAAGUGCAGCACCAGCAGCAGCAGCGACGGCGGCUUCCUCGGGAGCCGGGACGCCGUGCUCGGGGACCUGCAGCAGGGCGCCGGCGGCGGCUACAAGGUGGCGAGCUCCGGCAGCGUGCGGGGCGUGGCGCAGUGCCUGGGCGACCUCGCGGCGGCCGACUGCACGGCGUGCCUGGCGCAGGCGGUCGGGCAGCUCAAGGGCACCUGCGGCACCGCGCUGGCCGCCGACGUGUACCUGGCGCAGUGCUACGUCAGGUACUGGGCCGACGGCUACUACUUCCACUCGGCACAAGAUUCACAGGACGAUGUUGGGAGGACGCUGGCCAUCGUCGUCGGCAUCUUGGCGGGGCUGGCACUCUUCGUGGUCUUCGUCUCUUUCCUUAGGAAAACAUGUAACUAAGCAUCUUCGGUAAUCUCGUGGUCAGCCUAGCUGGGUCAGGGGAACGAGCUUCCGUUCCCAGGGUCUGAUGGCGUUGGCAUGGAGAACCAAGGAAUCUGGAAAGGGAUGAAUCCACCAGCAUAGCCUGCAAAAAGCUUCAGAAAGCGCAUGUAAUCUCUUUUUGUUAGCAAUAGAUGUGGACUAUUGGAGGAGCACUAUAUUGAUUUGGGUCAUCAUUUUUGGUC